AUGCUAGUAGAAGUGACGGAGAGAGCACUGUCUCAUGUCGCCUCUGACGAGGUUUUGAUUGUCGGUGGUGUUGGAUGCAAUUUGCGCUUACAAGAAAUGAUGGCUGGCAUGGUUGCCGAAAGGGGAAGCACACUUUACGCCAUCGAUGAGAGAUAUUGUAUUGAUAAUGGAGCCAUGAUAGCAUGCGCUGGGGCUCUUUCGCAUCAAACUGGGCCGGGAAUACUAGCUAUCGAGGAUACCGCAGUGACUCAACGAUUUCGGACUGAUGAUGUGUAUGUUACGUGGAGGGCGUAG